AUGCCGCGCGCGGCGUGGAGGCGGCACGUGCUGGAGGCGCUGGAGAGGCGCGAGGAGCGCACGUGGCGCCUCCGCGGGCUGCUGGAGCGGCGUGAGUGCCGGAGCGCGUGCAGAGCGCCCGGCCGCGGCGGGGGGAUGCAGCGCCUGGCGCAGGACCUGGGAGCCCUCCAGCGCCAGUACGAGGGGCUGCAGUGCAAGGCCUGGGAGCUCUCGCAGGAGGCGGAGGGGCUGCGCGGGGAGCUGGACCGGGUGCGAGGGCUGCUGCAGCAAGCACGGCAGGAACGCCAGGGGCUGGAGGCCCGCUGGGUGAGAGAGAAGGCCCUGGAGGCCGAGCGGCUGAACUGGGCCCUCGAGCGAGAAGAAAAGUCUCAGCAGAAGGUGAGCCGCCUCCAGGAGAAGUUGCAGAGGGUGCGAGAGGGACGUGCCCCCCCCCCCCCGUUCCUCUGCUGUCAACCGCAGGAGAGCCAAAUCACAUUUGGGGGGGGGGGUAAGAGCAAAGACCUGCCCGGUCUCGGAAGCUAA